AGCUCCUCACUCUGCUCCAGACUCAUUCACAUAUACACACUUCAGUGCUUAUCUCUUCUGUCUUUUUUCUUUUCUUAUACAUCUGUGCUUGGUGACCUCUAUUAGUAGCCAUCAGCCUUUUACGUACCAAACCUCUCUGGAUUAGAGCCAUGGAUCUGCUAUUAUGUUCUUUUAUUGUGUUCUGUGUGUCUCUCUCCUUUAUCUCAGCAGCAACUCCCUCUGUCCAAACCACCCAGCAUGCGACCACAGUAAUGACCAGCACCACCUCGAUAAAAUAUGCCUCACCUACAGCAAACUUCAUUUCAACUCAGUAUACUGAAGGCAGUAGUAAUUCAAGUGGCUUCAAUGUUACCUCUCCUCCCAGCUCAGCAGGACAAACCAAGCUGGUCAGCCCAACAUCUGCCGGGUUUACAUCUCACAUGAGUUCCAACAUGGGCCAAAUCACCUCUUCCCCUGCAGCUGUCCAGUCAGAUCAUGAUCCUGGACCAGUGAACUUUACAAACAAGGAGGCCCCCACAGCAGCCCCACCUACACAGCCGCCAAGCAACAGCCUCACUAUGUUAGCCUUUGGUGUGAUGAGCUUCAUUCUCAUUCUGAUCAUCGUUAUGGUGAUCUUGGUAACAGCCGUUAAUCUCAGAGGACGGUGUAAUAACACAAAGGAAGAGGGUGUUAAGGGCUAUGACUCAGUGAUAUCAGAAAGCAACAUGACCAGCACCGGAGAGAAAGAAAGCAUCACACUGGUCUCCAUAAGGACGAUAAACACGGAGACUGACUCAGAUUCACCACAGAUCUCCUCCGUCCGCAGUACAAUACUGGACAAUGAGGACCAAGAGCUCAGCAGAGAUCUGCUCAGUAUCAGAGCACAGUAAACACGCUCAGCUCUAAUUCAGCACAGGGAUGGAGCACAGCUGCCCCUUAUGUCCCCUUUCAGAAACAGCAAACGAUGGUAUUAAAGGAACUGUUCAACAAAAAAAUGUAAUUGUCACAGUUUACCUCUUACCCCAAAUGUAGUUGAUCAGACAAGACUUGCUUUGUGUCCAAAGUUUGCUUGUUUAGUAACAGAAGUAGCACAAAUAUUACUAGACUUACAUUACUUGUUAGCAGUGUGCGAAAGACCCUGCGGUAUUCAGGAGUCCCAUGUUACAGAUGUUAGUCUAUAAAGGACGAACCAGGUGAACCAGUCUGCUACAGCGCCACCCUGAGGCAGACUGUCUGCAUCUCUAGUUGGUCAAGACUACCAAAGCCAGAAGCUUGUUAAUUGUAGGUGAAGCAGGCUGAACAAUGACAGCAUAUAAUCAUAAAAAGUUUAUUUUCAGGAUCGCCCAGAAUUUUGAUUUUAAAACAUUCAGGCGGUCCAAUAGGCCUGAAUCCCCCCCACCCCCCACCCCCAGUCCCCCUGUAUUUCACACCUUGCUUGUUAGGUACAAUAGCUUUAUAGCUCCAGUACAAAACUAAAGAAGCAGAUAUGUUCUGGCUGAUUAACUAUAUUUGGGGUAAAGAGAAAACUGUGUAAAUGUGAUUUUUUUUUUUUUGCUAAACCAAGAUGAAGCCUCAGUUCAACAUUUUUAAGGUCUACAUUCAUCACUGGUCAUUUGUCUCUCAUAUGUAAAUAUUUAUUCACAAUUAAAAAUGAUAAAGGAUGAACAAAUGACCAGUAUAUGUGUGAUAUAGUCAUUUGAACAUAUCAGAAACCUUACACUUUUUGGAAAAUCAGGCUCACGGCAGUAUUAGCUUAAAAAAAUUUAAAAAAUGAAAAAAUGAAAAAAAUAAUUUUCCUGGUUCAUUUUAAAAUAAGAGACAGAGUAGUAGAGAGUGGAAAGUAUGCACCCAGACAGCAAGCAUACAUCGGCUCAGUGGCUUGCAAAUGCACACAGCCUUUUACUUUAGAAAAUAAUCGAAGACAAAUAUU